AUGGCAAACGAGCUAGCCGAAAGUAUAAAACUUUUGAAAGAGCUAAUAUGUAACUAUCACAAUAUAAGCGAAGAAGAAUUGAAUAAAAAGGCAAAUGAUGAUAUAAUCACAUUACUCAAAUAUACAGAAGAUAUAGAACCAAGAGGAGGAAACAUAUUAAAAUAUAAAGAACUAUUAAAAAAAUUAAAACAUGUGUUAAUACAUUUGCCAUCCACAGACCCAUUAGUUCCUAUAUGCAAAAAAAAUAUAAAUGAAUUGUAUUUAGCACGAGAAAUAUUAGAAAAAGGAGUAAUAAUAUCAAUAAUGGAUAAUGAUAUAAAAUCUUUUACUAUAUAUAUGGCUCAAUUAUUUAUUUAUUAUUUUGAUUUUAAGAAUAUAUUACAAAAAAGUGCUAAACAAAAUGCUAUUUUAGGAGUAUAUUUAUUACAUCUAUUAUCUUCAAAUUCGAUUGGAGAUUUUCAUAUGUUAUUAGAAAUUAUAUCAAUAGAAGAUCAAAAUGAUCCAUAUAUAAAAUAUGUAUUGGAAUUAGAACAACAUAUUAUGGAUGGUUAUUUUCAUUAUAUUUUAAAAAAAAAAGAUGAUAUACCAUUAUAUUUAUAUUCAAUAUUUAUGGAUAGAUUAUAUAACACUAUAAAAUAUAAAUUAGCUGAUUGUAUUUUCUCUUCUUCAAAUUCGAUUAGUUUAUUAUAUACAUGUGAAUUACUGAAAUUAAAAGAUGAAAAUGAACUUUACCAAUUUAUUACAGAAUAUAAUGAAAUAAAAACUGCACAUGGAGAAGAUAAUCUUAUAUGGGAAAUAAAAGAUAAUAAAAUAUAUUUUAAAAAUCAAAUUGAAUCUACUCAGGAACUUCCUUCUAUAGAAAUAUUAAAUAAUAUUAUUGGAUAUGCCACAGAAUUGGAAAAAAUCGUUUAA